AUGAAGCCAGAUAGUCCAACAGCCACAAACCCUAUUACAUUGAGAUAUGCAGAACAAACAUUACCCACAGAUUUCAACUCUGCACUCCCGAAGUUUUCUUUGAAAUUCCCGAGUAAAUCGAUUGAGGCGGCUUAUAAAGAAGCAGUGAUAUUCGGUCGCACAGAAUCUAAAGCAUCAUAUGAAAAUCCUUAUAUUCUAUAUAAAUUAUAUAAUGCCCACAAUUCCAAGAGUAUAAGUCAUUAUUAUUAAAAAAUAUCCUGCUCUUAUUAAACAUAAAAAAUAAAUAUUAUUAUCUUGGCUUACAUCAAGACACAACUUUUUUAUGUGCUAUUAUGGAAUAGUAUUUCUCUAUAUAUUAUUUUAUAUUUUCAACUAUGUGGCUGAUCAUGCCACACAAGAAAUUUUCAAAUUCCAAAUGUGCUUUAUGCUUGCAAUCGUGUUUAUCAAUUCAUGCACCUUUCUAUUGGCCUUUUUAGGAAGAUUUUUAAGUAGGUUCAGAUCUGAUCUACUACAAUUCACGCAUAUCUCUACAGCUCUUGCCUUAAUUCUGAACGAUACCUAUGUUCAAGAAUUGAUCUUUGAUGAUGGCACAAGUAACUGUUUUUCAAGUAUGUUUGGUCUAACUGUGAUGCUAGCAGUGUCACGGUUUAUUUUGCAUACCAAUUAUUUGGAAUAUGCAUUCUGAAGUGCAAUAAUCGGCAUAAUUUUCCUAGUAAUUAGUUUGCAGACUGAAAAACCAGUCGAAAUCACACUAUUUGAAUCUGGAUGCUACAUGAUUAUGGUAAUCUUUGAGACUCGGAACUUCUAUAAAGAAGAAGUCCAAGUGCGAAGCAAUUUCAACACUAUUAAAAGUUCUGCCACAGCUCCUGAAACCGAUUUAAAAAAACCUGAGGAAGAAAAACCUAAAACAGAAAUUGAAGAAGUAAUGAUUGGUGUAAAAGAUUCGAUAGUUGCCAUCCAAACAAUGAUCACUAAAUCCUCGUCAGAAAACCAGCCGAAGCUUUCACAAGUUUUUGAUAUUUAAUUUUCCUAUAAAUAGCCUAUUAAAAAAAUUUUAAAAAGAAAAAUAAUAAUUCAUGGAAGAUUGGAAUAAUUUAAAUAAAGUUAUGAAGCUAAUAGGCUCAAAAGCAAAUAUUUAUUAUUCCGGAAACAUGUCAAAUGACUGUGGAUUUUUGACAGUGUACAUUUCAUCGAAAUCCAUUUGGUCGAAAAUUUUUGAUAGUGCCGACAUUUGGCCGAAAAUUAACGGUUUUUUUUUUAGGUCAAAUGUCUCACUAUCAAAAAUUUUCGAUCAAUUUUCGGUGAAAUGGACACUAUCAAAAAGGCAAAGUCAUUUGACCUACACCCAUUUAUUCCUCUGAUAUUGAAGUUAUAACUAAAGGACUCGAUAAAGAAGACCAACUUUUUAUACAGCAAACCUGGAGCAACCAUAAUAGACUAGAAGUGAGAAGACCAAAAAAAUUCAGGACAUUAAAAACAUCCGAAGUCGCUGUAAAAUAUGACGUUGAUGAAUUAAUCGGAAUACUUAAACAGGUGGGAAAACAAUGAAAUUUCAACACAUUUUUCUUAAAAGAUUGCACAGAUGGCAGGCCACUUGUGAUUAUUGGGAAAUAUUGCAUACAGAAAUACAGGCUUGAUGAAGCCUUUAAUUUAGACGAGGAUUUAUAUAUAUAAUUUUUAUCAAAAAUUUGCCUAUAAAAAAAUCAUCCUUUUUUUCCAUUGGAAAACUACAGGAAAUUCAUAAUAACUUUUCUAGAAGAUCUAGAAAUAAAAUAUAAGAAAAAUCCUUACCAUAACUCCUCACACGCAGCCGAUGUUUUGGCUUCUUUUAUUUAUUUUGUAAGCAAAUCCAGACUGGCUGAAUAUCUUACUGAAAUAGAAAUCCUUACAUCAGUUAUCGCGAAUUUAGGGCACGAUGUAGGACACCCUGGGUAUACUAAUCGUUUUCUUAUUAAUAAAAGAGACAAUUUGGCAAUAAGGUAUAACGACGUUUCAGUACUAGAAAAUAUGCACUCGUCAAUAGUGUUUCAAUUAAUGCAAGAAGAAAAUAAAAAUAUACUAAAAAGCCUGGAUGCUGAGCACUGGUGUGUGGCCAGAAAGCAGAUAAUUGAUAUGAUUUUAGCUACGGAUAUGGGAAGACAUUUUGAGCUUCUUGGGCAGUUUAGAGCCAAAACGAUGAAUAAUUCGUCAAAGCCUUUAGACACCCCUGAACAAAGGAUGGAUGUUAUGAAAAUUAGCAUAAAAGCAGCUGAUAUAGGCCACGCAGCAAAAAUUUUGGAAAUCCAUGAGAGAUGGACUCUUCUUGUAUGUGAAGAGUUCUUUACCCAAGGAGACUUGGAAAAGAAAAACAACUUGCCAGUGUCAAUGUACUGUGACAGGGAAACAACAGAUGUAUCAAAAUCACAAGCUGGGUUUAUCAAAAAUAUUGCAAUGCCGCUCUAUAUGGCAUUAAAUGACUAUUUGGAAUCACAAGAUAUAGAAAACUGCUGUAUCCAGCAGCUAUAAUUAUUUUAAUUAAUUAUAAUUCAAAAUAUCAAGGAUAUUUUUCUAUUUCUAAUAAAAAAUAAAUAGUAAGCUACCUAAUAUAAAAGGCUAUUUAAAUUAUCACAAUAUAAGAUUUAACCUGGAACAUUGGGAAAACAGCUACAAGAGAUAUCGCCAAGUAACCACCUGUGAUGAUGAAGUUCCUAAAUCUGAGUACGAAGAUCUAAUUAAAAGGUACAAACGACAAAAAAGAUGCGGAACACAAGCCCCCAGAAGGAGCGAUAUCGAAGUUGAAGAAGUUGUCUAA